GCUUCAACAAUUACUGAAUCAACUCAAUCCACUUCUGCUUCGACAAAUACUGAAUCAAUCCAAUCAAUUUCUACUUUGCCAAGUGUUGAAUCAACUCAAUCAAUUUCUUCUUCACCAACUGUUGAAUUAAUGUUAACUAAAUCUAUUUCAACCCACAUGUCUAUGUAUAUAUUAUCUUCCUCAAUACCAUCACCUUCUCCUCCUGGUACUUGUGAAAAAAGUACUACUGUAAGUGAUCAUGGGAGUUUUGUUUGGCUGGAAACCAGCGUUGAUGAAACAGGAAAUGUUUUUUGUCCUCAUGGUCCUCCUGGAGCCUUUGCUACAAGACUAUGUAUGAGUGAUGGCAAUUGGGGCUUGCCUAAUGUUACCAACUGUGCCAAUCCUAAAAUAACUGCAGCUUUUACUAAUUUAGCUGAGGCCAAUGUCACUGCUAGUAAUGUUGCUUCUGUUAGUCAGAAUCUUUCAACUUUAGUGUCUCAAGUGACUGAGCCUGGUGAUCAAAAUACUAACAAUUUGGUCAAUAUAUCAUCUCUGCUUAACAAGACAGCUUCUUUAUUUGCUAAUCCAAUAAUCGUUUUUGAGUUGUCUACUGAAGAUGUUGAAAGUACAACUGAGAGUACUGUCCAGGUACUUAACAGCAUACAGAACUGGCCUCCACAUAUAGUUGAAGCACAGUCCAAUGUCAUUGUCCAGUCAUUUGAAAGAAUACUGGAUGCAUUAAUGAAUCAAGAAAACUUUACUAAUUUGACAGUCAUUGAAACUGGCAUUGCAUUUCAGGGACUAAGAAUAAAGAAACAAGACUUCAUUGGUAUAACAUUUAUCGGAUCAUCCAUAAGUGGCAUCAGACUAUCUGUGGAUUCUAUAUUUGAGAACAAUAGAUCCACUCAUCUAAAUGAAUUGGAUGAAAUUAGAUUUCAUUUUCCAAGUAGCAUCAUAAAUGUAACUAAAGAUGCUGACAUUAAUGUUGUAUUUGUGAUGUACAAUGAAACAACGUUGUUUCCUCUUCGUGAGUCUGAUCCAGAUACAGUGGUGGGAACUGCAGUCACUGGGGCUAAGGUUGGUGGCAUUCCUGAUGGCACUGCUCUACCUGAUAAUGUCACUAUGAACUUUACAAUAAGAGAAGAAAAUGCUACCAACCAUCAUUGUGUAUAUUGGAACUUCUCUGCAGCAGGAGGUAAAGGAAACUGGACUCUUGCUGGUUGCACUACUUACGUCAUUAAUACGAGCUUUGUCACAUGUGUCUGUAAUCAUUUGACUAACUUUGCUUGUCUUGUGGACAUAGGCUCACGAGAAGGUAAUACUCCUCCACCUAAGAUUAGAGCUGCCCUUAACAUAUUCAGUAUCAUUGGUGUCUUUGUAUCACUAUUGGGACUGCUCCUAACAAUAAUCACAUUAAUUAUAAUAAAGAAAUUCAGGGAGAGAGAUGUCAGCAAGUUUCACAUUCAACUCUGUCUCUCAUUGAUUUUCAUGUUAAUAGUAUUUGUUGCUGGUAUUGAUAGAGUAUCAGUGAGAGUUGGUUGUGUAACUGUUGGUGUUCUCAUUCAUUACUUUGCUCUUGUAUCAUGGAUGUGGAUGGGAGCUGAGGCUGUAAUGAUGUUUCAGAAACUAGUCAUUGUAUUCUCAAAUAUUACAUGGAAGUACAUCCUUUUUGUUUCUAUUAUUUGUUGGGCUGUUCCGCUUCUGCCAUUAACUAUAACAGUCUCAAUUGAUCCUGACUUUUACAUAUAUGGCAAUGCCAGUAACAAUGAAUACAGCUUCUGUUUUAUUGGAGAAUUGAUGCCGUUUCUUACUGCAUUCCUAAUCCCUGUAUUCCUCAUCCUCCUUUUCAACCUUGUCAUCUUUGUCAUCAUCAUCAUCGUAGUAAUAAAACACAACUUGAAAAAGAACAAACGAUUAGGAAAAUCAAUGAAAACCAAAGACGCCAUCAAAAUGUUAAUACCAUUAGCUGGUGUGAUGCUCUUAUUUGGUCUGACAUGGAUUUUUGGUGUCUUCACUUUUAUUUCAGAGCCAGGAGUCUCUAAUACUGUCCAGUUCUUAUUUAUUUUCUUUAAUGCUUUCCAAGGCUUUUUUAUAUUUUUGUUUUUCGUUAUUUUUAGUAGUGAAUCUAGGGACGCUUGGAGAGCAUUUUUCUACCGAGAGAAAAGGAACAUUAGCAGCAAUAAGACUGCUGUCAUUGGAUCUAGUCAAGUCAAUACAAAUCGUUACAAAACAAGAGUGUCUUCUCUUCCUCAGUCAAACUCAUUGAGUGACACGGUGAACAGCACGUCUAUUGAUUGCUCAAGAAGAGAUAAUGAUUUGAGUGAAAUUGAAGCUAAAGCUGAAUAAAACUAAUAUUGCCACUAGAUCUAGACAAGACAUUAAUAGUAAUGGUGUUACUGUCCAAUAAAAUUAAGUGUGUUUAGUUUAUUGUAAUUGUUUAAAAAGAUAUACUGUUAGCAUGAA